AGGGAUUCGGCAGUCACACAGCGGGCUUCGCCAUGCUCCCGGUGUGACCGUAGGCUAGCUGGUCCGGCUCCAGGAGCAGGAUGUCAAUAUGGCUGCCCAGCUGCUCGUUCCUCCCGGACCUGACAGCUUCCAGCCCUUCCUUCCAGAAUCACUCGCUGCCAUUGAGCAGCGCAUUGCUGAGGAGGCGGCCCAACGGUCCAAAGGCGAGAGGCGCACUGAUGAAGAUGACGAGAACGGACCCAAGCCCAACAGUGACCUGGAGGCAGGGAAAUCCCUGCCCUUCAUCUACGGGGACAUCCCUCCUGGACUGGUGUCCGUACCCCUGGAGGACCUGGACCCCUACUACAGCAACCAGACAACCUUUAUAGUAUUGAAUCGUGGGAAGGCGAUAUUCCGUUUCAAUGCCACGCCUGCCCUCUACAUCCUAAGUCCGUUCAACCCUAUAAGGAGACUCUCCAUUAAAGUGCUGGUGCAUUCAAUGUUCAGUUUAGUGAUCAUGUGCACCAUUCUGACCAACUGCGCCUUCAUGACGCUUAGCAACCCACCAGACUGGGCCAAGAAUGUGGAGUACACAUUCACAGGGAUUUACACAUUUGAGUCUCUGAUUAAGAUCCUGGCCCGUGGCUUCUGUGUGGGAAAAUUCACAUUCCUGCGAGACCCCUGGAACUGGCUGGACUUCAGCGUCAUCGUCAUGGCAUAUGUAACUGAAUUUGUGGAUCUGGGCAAUGUCUCUGCACUGAGAACCUUCAGGGUUCUGCGAGCACUCAAAACUAUUUCAGUGAUCCCAGGCCUGAAGACCAUCGUGGGUGCUUUGAUCCAGUCAGUAAAGAAGCUGUCGGACGUGAUGAUCCUGACCGUCUUCUGCCUAAGUGUGUUUGCGCUAAUCGGCCUGCAGCUGUUCAUGGGAAACCUGCGGCAGAAGUGUGUGAGGGUACCGCAGUGGAACGACACGCAGAACUCUACCGAGAACAACCUAACAACAAUGCUCAACAUCAGCACAGGCUUCGAGCUGCUCAACACCACCAACGCUUUCAACUGGACCGAGUACAUCAACGACAAGAAUAAUUAUUACUAUCUUCCCAACCGCAGAGAUGCCUUGCUGUGUGGGAAUGGCAGUGAUGCAGGGCAGUGUCCUGAAGGAUUUUCGUGCAUAAAGGCGGGGCGUAACCCUGAUUACGGCUACACGAGCUUCGACACGUUCAGCUGGGCCUUCCUCUCCCUCUUCCGUCUCAUGACACAGGACUUCUGGGAAAAUCUCUAUCAGCAGACCCUGCGUGCCGCUGGAAAGCCCUACAUGGUGUUCUUUGUGCUGGUGAUCUUCCUGGGAUCGUUCUACCUGGUGAACUUGAUCCUGGCUGUGGUGGCCAUGGCAUAUGAUGAACAGAACCAGGCCACCAUCGAGGAGGCACAGCAGAAAGAGGAGGAGUUUCAGGCCAUGCUGGAGCAGCUGAAGAGACAGCAGGAGGAGGCGCAGGUUGCCGCGGCAGCAGCGACAGAGAGUGGGGAGUAUAGCGGCAGGGGCGGCCUGUCUGAGGAAAGCUCCUCCGGGGGCUCCAGACUCUCCUCGAAGAGCGCCAAGGAGCGACGGAACAGGCGCAAGAAGAGGAAACAGAGAGAGGAGGAGGAGGAGAAAGCCGACCAGGAGAAGUUCCACAAGUCCGAGUCAGAAGACAGCAUCCGCCGCUCGGGCUUUCGCUUCUCCAUGGACGCCAACAGGCUGUCCUAUGAGAAGAAGUGCUCCACCCCGAAUCAGUCUCUCCUCAGUAUACGUGGUUCGAUCUUCUCUCCGAGAAGGAACAGCCGGGCGAGUUUGUUUAGUUUUCGAGGCCGAGCCCGGGACUUCGGCUCGGAGAACGAUUUUGCGGAUGAUGAGCACAGCACGUUUGAGGACAGCGACAGCCGUCGAGGCUCGCUCUUUGUACCUCGGCGGAUCGAGAGGAGGAACUCGACGGUCAGUCAGUGUAGCCUUGCCGCUCCACGGAUCAUGCUUCCGGCCAAUGGGAAGAUGCAUUGCACUGUCGACUGUAAUGGAGUGGUGUCGUUGGUGGGCGGAGCCUCUGUGCCAACUUCACCGAUUGGCCGGUUGCUUCCUGAGGGCACGACAACAGAGUCAGAGGCUCGUAAGAAGCGGUCUGGGUCACACCAGGCCUCUGAUUACCUGGAUGACGCUGCAGCUCGGAAAAGAGCUAUGAGCGUAGCCAGUAUUCUCACAAACACUAUGGAGGAGCUGGAGGAGUCGAGACAGAAGUGCCCCCCCUGCUGGUACAAAUUUGCCAACAGCUUCCUAAUCUGGGACUGCUACCCCCAGUGGCUGAAAGUGAAGGAGCUCGUCAACAUGGUGGUUAUGGACCCAUUCGUCGACCUGGCAAUCACCAUCUGCAUCGUCCUCAACACCCUGUUCAUGGCCAUGGAGCAUUACCCCAUGACCAAGGAGUUCAACAACGUGCUCUCGGUCGGAAAUCUGGUAUUCACAGGGAUCUUCACAGCUGAGAUGUGUUUAAAGGUCAUUGCCCUGGACCCCUACUACUACUUCCAGGAGGGUUGGAACAUCUUUGAUGGCAUCAUCGUGAGUUUAAGCCUGAUGGAGCUGGGACUGGCUAAUGUGGAGGGGCUCUCUGUGCUCAGGUCUUUCCGAUUGCUGCGAGUGUUCAAGCUGGCCAAGUCAUGGCCCACUCUGAACAUGCUGAUCAAGAUCAUUGGGAACUCGGUGGGCGCCCUGGGCAACCUGACCUUAGUCCUGGCCAUCAUCGUCUUCAUAUUCGCCGUGGUGGGCAUGCAGCUGUUCGGAAAGAGCUACCGCGACAGCGUGUGCAAAAUUGCGGAAAGCUGCGCUCUUCCACGCUGGCACAUGGUGGACUUCUUCCACUCGUUCCUGAUCGUGUUCCGAGUGUUGUGUGGCGAGUGGAUCGAGACAAUGUGGGACUGCAUGGAAGUGGCCGGCCAGAGCAUGUGCCUCAUCGUCUUCAUGAUGGUCAUGGUGAUUGGAAACUUGGUGGUGUUGAACCUCUUCCUGGCCUUGCUGCUGAGCUCCUUCAGCGCCGACAACCUGGCCUCGACGGAUGACGACAGCGAGAUGAACAACCUGCAGAUCGCCGUGGGUCGCAUCCAGAAGGGCAUUGCCUUUGUGAAGUCAGCGCUGAGGCAGUUCCUACAGAGCCUCUUCCUGGCCGGGACCAAACCCGGCGCCCUGGACGAGGAGAAGCCCCUGGAUGACCUGCACAGCGACGGCAAGGAGAACUGCCUCUCCAACCACGCCCCCAUGGCCGUCGACCUCGGUAAGGACUUUCUCAAGGAAGGAUGUGUGUCGCCUAGCAACGGGGUGGAAAGCCACGGGAAGUAUGGCAUCGAGGAAGGGGACUACAUGUCAUUUAUCCACAACCCCAGCCUCACGGUCACGGUGCCCAUUGCCGUGGGCGAGUCAGACUUCGAGAACCUCAACACGGAGGAUUUCAGCAGCGAGUCGUCCGACGUGGAGGGAAGCAAAGAGAAGCUUCCUGUGGACACAGUUCUGAGUUCUUCCGAGGGAAGCACAGUGGACAUCAGACCCCCAGGAGAGGGGGCCGAAUCGGUAGAGAUAGAACCAGAAGAGUCACUGGACCCCGAGGACUGCUUUACUGAAGGCUGCAUGAUGAGGUUUCAGUGCUGUCAGGUGGACGUGGAGAAGGGACGCUGGAGGAGCUGGUGGACUCUCAGGAAAACCUGCUUUAUCAUUGUCGAGCACAACUGGUUUGAGUCCUUCAUCAUUUUCAUGAUCCUGCUGAGCAGUGGUGCUCUGGCUUUUGAGGAUAUCUACAUAGAGCAGCGGAAGACGGUCAAGACAGUGCUGGAAUACUCGGAUAAAGUUUUCACUUACGUCUUCAUCUUGGAGAUGUUGCUGAAAUGGGUGGCUUACGGCUUCGUCAAAUAUUUCACCAACGCCUGGUGCUGGCUCGACUUCCUCAUCGUAGAUGUGUCUCUGAUCAGCCUUGUUGCUACUGCUCUGGGUUACUCUGAGCUGAGUGCCAUUAAAUCACUGAGGACUCUACGUGCUCUGAGACCGCUAAGAGCAUUGUCACGCUUCGAGGGCAUGAGGGUCGUAGUGAACGCUCUGCUCGGCGCCAUCCCCUCCAUCAUGAAUGUGCUGCUUGUGUGUCUGAUCUUCUGGCUCAUCUUCAGCAUCAUGGGCGUCAACCUGUUCGCCGGGAAGUACUACCAUUGCGUCAACAGCACCACGGACGAGAUGUUACCCAUCAGCGUGGUGAACAACAUGUCCGAGUGCAUGGCGCUGGUCAACGAGAGCACGCGCUGGAAAAACGUCAAGAUCAACUUCGACAACGUGGGAGCCGGAUACCUGGCCCUACUACAAGUGGCCACUUUUAAAGGCUGGAUGGACAUCAUGUACGCCGCAGUAGACUCUCGCGAUCUGGAGGAACAACCAGACUAUGAAGUGAACCUGUACAUGUACCUGUACUUCGUCAUCUUCAUCAUCUUUGGCUCCUUCUUCACACUCAACCUCUUCAUUGGUGUCAUCAUCGAUAACUUCAACCAACAGAAGAAAAAGUUCGGAGGUCAGGAUAUUUUCAUGACAGAAGAGCAGAAAAAGUACUACAACGCCAUGAAGAAGCUCGGCUCGAAGAAACCGCAGAAACCCAUCCCCAGACCUACAAACCAACUUCAGGGCCUUGUCUUUGACCUGAUCACCAAGCAAGCCUUCGACAUCAUCAUCAUGAUCCUGAUCUGCCUGAACAUGGUGACCAUGAUGGUGGAAACUGAUGACCAGACGCAAGACAUGGAUAACAUCCUGUACUGGAUCAACCUGGUCUUCAUCGUGCUCUUCACCGGCGAGUGUGUGCUGAAGAUGUUCUCGCUGAGACACUACUACUUCACGAUCGGCUGGAAUGUGUUUGACUUUGUGGUUGUGAUUCUGUCCAUCGUCGGAAUGUUCCUCUCAGAGGUGAUCGAGAAGUAUUUUGUGUCGCCCACCUUAUUCCGAGUCAUCCGGCUGGCUAGGAUCGGCCGUAUCCUCCGUCUCAUCAAGGGGGCCAAGGGUAUCCGCACCCUCUUGUUCGCCUUAAUGAUGUCACUUCCUGCCUUGUUCAACAUCGGGCUCCUGCUCUUCCUGGUCAUGUUCAUCUAUGCCAUUUUUGGCAUGUCCAACUUUGCCUAUGUCAAACACGAAGCCGGAAUUGAUGACAUGUUCAACUUUGAGACGUUUGGAAACUCCAUGCUGUGCCUAUUCCAGAUCACAACCUCCGCCGGCUGGGACGGGCUUCUGGCGCCCAUCCUGAACAAGCGUGAACCUGACUGCGACAGUGAGACUGAGCACCCAGGCAACUCAUACCGCGGCGACUGCGGCAACCCAUCAGUGGGAAUCUUCUUCUUCGUCAGCUACAUCAUCAUCUGCUUCCUGAUUGUGGUCAACAUGUACAUCGCUGUCAUCCUGGAGAACUUUAGCGUUGCUACGGAGGAAAGCGCCGAACCGUUAAGUGAGGACGACUUUGAGAUGUUCUACGAGGUGUGGGAGCGCUUUGACCCGAACGCUACGCAGUUUGUUGAGUAUGACAAGCUGUCAGACUUUGCAGAUGUCCUGGACCCACCGUUGCGCAUCCCUAAGCCCAACAAGAUCCAGCUGAUCGCGAUGGACCUGCCGAUGGUCAGUGGAGACCGGAUCCACUGCUUGGACAUCCUGUUUGCCUUUACACUGCGUGUGCUGGGUGAGGAGGGUGAGAUGGACGCGUUGCGGGGACAGAUGGAGGAGCGCUUCAUGGCUUCCAAUCCAUCCAAAGUGUCCUAUGAGCCCAUCACCACCACCCUGCGGCGCAAGCAGGAGGAAAUGUCAGCCAUCAUCAUCCAGCGAGCCUUCCGACACUACCGCAUGCGCGUCACGAUCAAGAAGGCGUCAGACAUGUACCGCCAGCGACUGCAGGAUAAUGGCGAAUCUCUGCCUGUUAAAGAGGUUCUCAUGAUCGGGAAGUUUCCAGAGAACUCGGCAUCAGACAAAACGGACAUGACCCCGUCUUCGGCUUCACCGCCCUCGUACAACAGCGUGGCCAAGUCAGAGAAGGACAAAUAUGAGAAGGAAAGGCGGGAGAAGGAGAACAGUACAAAAGACACACGCGAGAGAAAGAAAUGAAAUCCUGAGACUGUUCAGAGAGAGAACGAAACGAACGUGAUGAAGACUGCUCUUUAAAUGAGACACUGUUUACAGAUUUUAUGGGAACAAAGUUAUGGACUUCCUUCGCAAAAGUUUUGGGACUCAUGCCAAACUGAGUGUGUGUGUGUGUGUGUGUGUGUAUGUGUGUGUGUGUGUCUGAGUGUGUGUGAGAGAGUGUGUGACUGUGUGUAUUGAUGAGAGACCAACUAGGAUGCAUGGUGAUGAGACAUGUUCAUGUUCGUGUUGUUCAACGCACAACACACCACACACACUCCAACAUACACACGUACACUUCAGAAGAGUGACUGUGACUGUUAAGAAGGAUUUGGGUGUGUGUAGAGAGGAGCUGUCGGAUGCGUCUUUUCAUUCCGAGUGUCGUUCAGCAAUCCUGAGGACGCUAGGAAGCUAUUACACGGUCAUCAGUAGCUAGCACUGCCACUACCACUGGUGUCCUUGUUGUCAAAUGGCGUAUUAUGAUAUACCUGCACCUGUUUUUCUUACAUUCAUUCAUUUUUUUUUUUUUUUUUAGAAUCAUGUCGAAAUUUUCUACUCGUUCUUUCGAUUGUGUAAAUUGUUUCAUCAAAGCGCAAGUCUGUCGAGGGUGUGGUAAUGUAGAACUUUAGUUUUAAAAAAAAAAAAAAAAACAGAGAG